AUGGCCGCGCCGCCCGUGCCCGAUCCCAUCGACCGGCGCAACCUCAGCGUCGCGUUCGAGGACGCGAACCCGGCCCUCGCCGGGCAGACGUUCGCGCCGACGCCGACGGCGCCGACGCCGACGCGGACGGGGAUGUUCCGCAGCGACGCGAUCAGCAACGACCCGGCCGCGUACGUCGGGCGGGAGCUCCGCCCGCGGAACUCCGCGUACACGCCCAUCGCGACGCGCACGACGAACGGCGACUUGAUGGGAUGGAAGCAGCCGGAAGUGCAGCCGGCGCCCGAGCCGAGAAAGUGGGAAUCGACCGGUCUGAAGUUCACCCAGCGCGAGAGCACGACGACGAACGCGCUGUAUCCGCGGUACGAGGUCACGCCCGAGAAGCCGCCGCCGAGGAAGGAGUGGCAGCCGAACGGGCUCAAAUUCACGGACCGCUCGCAGACGACGUCGAACCAGCUCAUGCCCGGAUACGCCCCUGAACCGCCGGAGGUUAACGAGGCGAGGAAGUGGGAGCCCACGGGGAUCAACUUCGUGCAGAGGAGCUCGACGACGAACAACCAGAUGUUUCAGAAACCGGAGAUGCACGUCGAGCUGCCGCCGCCGAGGAAGGAGUGGCUGCCGAACGGGCUCAAAUUCACGGACCGCUCGCAGACGACGUCGAACCAGCUCAUGCCCGGAUACGCCCCGGAACCGCCGGAGGUUCACGAGGCGAGGAAGUGGGAGCCCACGGGGAUAAAGUUCACGCAGAGGGAAUCCACGACGAACAGCCAACUGUUUAAACCGCCGGAGGUGAAGUUGUUUAAACCCGUGGGCAUCGCCGUCGAGGACGACAAAGUGCAAAACCUCCUGCACGGCGACCACACGCCGCCGUGCAGCGUCUCGCGGUCGUUCACGACGACGCGGACGGGGCAGACCGAGGUUGCGAUCAGGCUCGUCAGGGGGUGGAGCAAGUACGCGUCGCAGUGCGAGCACCUGUGCGUGCUGGACAUGGACAACAUUCCACCCGGUCCGCCGGGGAAACAAGAGAUCGUCGUCACCGUGUCCAUGGAUAAGAACGGGAAGCUGUUCGCGGAGGUCAAGGACGUGCACUCGGGGAUGACUGACACGUGGUCGGAGUACGACGGAGUGGAGGACUACCCCGAGGGAGGAGCGUGA